AUGUAUCUUUCUCCCUUCUAUUUUACCAUUCAUAUUAUCUUUCUUUUUAUUCUUCUUUUUUAUUUAAACCUUGUUCUCUCUCUCUAUAUCUUCAAAAGCAUCUCUCUCACUCUUUUUACUCUCAUUUCUUCACCCGUUUCAUUUUCUUUCUCUUUUAUUUAUUUACUAGCAGUAGAGCCCGGCAUUGCCCGGGGAUAUCCCCCCUCUGUGCAUCUUUCUUAUUCCUUUUAUCCUUUUCUUCCUUCUUUUUGUCUCACUGUCGCUCUCUCUCUCUCUCUCUCUCUCUCUCUCUCUAUCUAUCUAUCUAUCUAUCUAUCUAUCUAUCUCUCUCCAUUCUCGCUUCAUAUCUUCUCUUUCACAUCUACUCAUUUCCCGAAAAUCCUCUCUCUCUCCACUCUCUUCUUCUCUUUUUCCUUUUCUUCGAACAUCUUUCUCUCUCUCUCUCUCUCUCUCACACACACAUUACACAUUCAAAGAUGUUCUCUUACUCCGCAAUCAUCUUAUCGCUUCAUAUUUUCUCUUUCUCCUCUACUCAUUUCCCAAAAGAUCCCCUCUCUCCAUCUACUCUCCUUUUUCCCCUCUUCUUUUGCUUCACCCUUUCUCUCUCUCUUUCUCUCUCUCUCGCCAUUCUCUCCUCCUCGCUUUUUCUUCACACCUUCUCACUCUUCCUUUCGCUUCUUAUCUUCCACCUCCAUAAAUUUUCCUAAUCUUCUCACACUUUCCUUCUCUCUCACACACACAAAGUCCUCCCUUUCUCUCAUGCCUUACCCCUCCUCUCGCUUUAUAUCUUCUCAUCCAUCGCUACUUUUCCUAAAAAAUCACAUUCUCUCUAUCUCUCUUCCAGAUUUUUUAUGGACUCUUUUUGAUCUUUCUCUUUUCUCUCUCUCUCUCUCUGAAUGUCUCUUCACACAUUUUUCUCCCUUCCUCACUUUAAAUCCUCCUUCUCUCGCUUAA